UUCAGUUCAUUGACUUUGAACAGUCGGGAACAUUGCAAAUUAGAUCUGAUGUAUAUAUUAUAAUUAUAUACACAAGCAGCACUUGCCAUUGAAACACGCAAAAUAUUGACCCUUCAUCUCCGUCCAAUCAAAAGAUGCAUUACUAGUCAAGUUACAAGCUUGUGCAAAAUACAUCCAGUGACGGUGAUCAUCCUCUUUUUCUUUCACAAAGACAAACACCUUUCUCCUCGAUCUUCCAAGAAUCUUUCCCUCCGUUACCAAACAAGUCUGCCUGAUCAAUCCAACCUUAUCCUUUCCAUCAUCUACCCUUUUUUUUCUCAUAUAUGUAUAUAUUUUAGUAAACGUUGCUUUUCCAUCUCGAAAGGCAGGCUUAGGUUUCAGAGAAGAAAAUGAAUGGCGGCACAGUGGACAGCUCUAGUAGUCGUCGUUCAAAUAGCAUCAAUUUCAGCAAGGGUGCUAUUGAUGAUGUAGCCUACAGCAUCGGAUUAUCACUUCUAGUCCUUGUUGUAUUAGUGAUCAUCUCCUACAUCUCCUACAAAUGCAACCGGCUGUCUUCUCAUUCCAGCACCACCAACUUCUCCUUCUACCGAACCCAUGAUGAUUCAAUCACCGCGCAGCAGCUAGGCGGCCUGGAUAAGGCGACCCUUGUGAAUUACCCAAAAUUGUUAUAUUCUCAGGCUAAGCCUCACAAAGGAGAUGAUCCCGCUGCUUCAGCCUGCUCAAUCUGUUUGUCUGAUUAUAAAGAAACUGACAUGCUCAGGCUGUUGCCGGAGUGCGGCCACAUCUUCCACCUCAAGUGUAUUGAUCCUUGGUUAAUGCUUCAUCCCACUUGCCCAAUCUGUCGCAGCUCGCCGCUGCCAACUCCUCUUGCAGAGGUUGUUCCCACGUCUAUGCAUCAAAAUUGAACCCAUUUUCCUUGUUUAAUUUUCGUUUGCAAAACUUGCAAACGAAAUUUCUAUUCUUUGGACGUCUCCUUCCCUUCUUUCUCCUGUACAUUCGACAGAAUUAAGGGAAAUACUCCUUCAGGACCCAAUUUUGGGUUUGCUCACAAGCCUCAACUCAGAUUCUGCAGAGUAAAUGUGUACCAUUACUACAAGAAAUAAAUUGAGUAUAGUAAUCUCAGUGAGCAUGGGGCAAAGAGCAAUGUUUUUUUUUUCAAUAGUUGCUUAAUUGUGUUUUAAAGAAUCACAUAACACCAUGCUUGCUGCUGUUGGCUACCCGGCACUUGCUUUUUUUGCCGGCAAGUGUCGAAUGGCGUAAACAGUUUCAAAGAAUGGCGUAAACAGUUUCAUUUAGCGAAGCCUAACAUUUGGAAUAGGAAAUUCGAUGGCAGGCCUAAUUUGCAAGAAAAGACUUGAUGAAGACGCAUGAGAGUUAAUGAUAAAACGUCCUUCUCAUGACUUGUUGGUUAGCGGCAUAAUUGAGUUCUAAAUAAUGAUGGUAAGU